GUAGCUGCAAAUACCUUUGUUAAAAUGUUAACAUGAGAGCAUACAAAGCCAGUUGGGAAGAAAUCAAAUGUAAUAUAUACCUUUUAUAUGUCAACUGCUAUUGGGAAAUACCGUUACUGGUGAAUCCGAAAGAUCUGGACUCAAAGUACGCCUAUAUCCAGGUAACUCACGUCACGCCCUACCUCGACGAAAAGGAGCUGGAGGACAGGAGGACAGACUUUGAGAAGAGUCACAACAUCUGGCGCUUUGUGUUUGAAACACCGUUCACAAUGUCAGGCAAAAAGCAGGGCGGGGUGGAAGAGCAAUGUAAACGGCGGACUGUUCUCACCACCACCCACUGUUUCCCAUACGUAAAGAAGCGUAUAGCAGUCAUGUACCAACACCAAACUGACCUGAGCCCCAUAGAAGUGGCCAUAGAUGAGAUGAGUGCCAAGGUGAAUGAGUUGCGACAGCUGUGCUCGGCCUCUGAAGUGGACAUGAUACGCCUGCAGCUCAAGCUCCAAGGCAGCAUCAGUGUUCAGGUAAAUGCUGGUCCUCUUGCUUAUGCCAGAGCCUUCCUAGACAGCAGCAGUGCCAAGAAAUAUCCAGACAACAAAGUCAAACAGCUCAAAGAGGUCUUUAGGCAGUUUGUGGACGCCUGCGGUCAAGCGCUUAGCGUUAAUGAGCGGCUGAUUAAAGAAGACCAGCAAGAGUAUCAUGAUGAGAUGAAAGCCAACUACAGGAAUCUGACGAGGGAGCUGUCGAACAUCAUGCACGAACAGAUAAACCCAGUGGAUGAUGGUCCAAGGAGCAAUCUGUCUGCUUCUAUGGGCAUCUUCAACACCAUCACUGGCACACCAACCAGUGCCAACCUACAGUACAUGGCUCGACCACCAUAUUCUGACAGAGAUAUUUGACAUCAAAAUUGCUGCUCCAUCACUACUAAUGACUGUUCAAACUACCUGAAGGAUCAGCUGAAAACCUUCAAAGAAUGUAACACUACCUAAAAACAUAAUUUGUUACCGUUUUUCCUCCUAUUUUAUCUGAUUUCAAAAUUUUCCAGGUCAUAACCUGAAAAAUCAAUUCAAUGUUAUUCUGUUUUAUUUAUAUAGCGCCAAAUCACUACAAGGUGCUUUAUAUUGUAAAGCAGAGACCAUAAAAUAAUACAGAGGAAAAACCCAACCCCACUGAGCAAACACUUGGUGACAGUGGGAAGGAAAAACCUCUGACAAAACCAAGCUCAGGGAGGGGCACCCACCUGCUGCGACCAUAAAGUGAAGUCACGUGUGCCCCCCAUUAUUCUUGUUUCCUAUGGAGACUCCAUUAAAUACAGAUGGUUUUCAAACCUUUACAACAAUUGUAAUAUCAUCAUCUGUCUACAUUUUCAUGUGUUGUUUAUUCUUUUCUGUGUUCUAAGAGGGUUAAACCACAUGUAACUUAACAAGCAUGUAUUAGUACUUCAGUUUACAACAUGGUCUUAUCUUGUUCUUCUGUCCAGAGCCCAACCCAAAGGAUACUAUCAUGGGGUUAAAACUACAGACAAGGAAGUUAAGUGUUUUUGUAUUUGACUACUUGAUCUGUUUUUAACUGUGGGGAUCUCAUUCACAUAGUGUGUUUGUAAAAGAGUGUUUAAGACAGUGAGCCAUCAGUGCCGCUGUAACCAUUCAUACAUUCCUAUGGUGCACAGUAUUCUUUCUUCAUUUUCCCCCCAUGUCUAGCUAUAGCAGGAGCUUUUUUUGUAAAGUGCAGAAGCAUCAGAGUUUAUCUUUGAUCUUUUCAAAGAAUUAUUCACUCUAUUUUAGGCCAUUGGGCAUUUAUAGAAACUAUUUAUAAAGCCAGAUGAACCAAAAUGUUUUAACCUAUUUUCUGUAACAACAUUAUGUGCAAUAUUUUUUUUUACAGUUACCAAGUCUAUCCCCUCUUGCCAAAGACAUGAGAGAAAAAGACAAUGCAAUGCAAGCCAAGAGUGUAACAAUUUGUAAGCUACCCCUUUGUUUCUUUGUCAUGACGCCUUUUAUUAUCUGUGAAUUCAAAUUUAAAAAGAAACACAAGACUUUUACUAGAUGAUGAUUCAUCCAUUCAUUCAUAUGUUUAAGACAAAUAAAUAAAACAUGUAAUAAUAAUAAUGCCUACUUCCUUGCUUUGCCUUUAAUUGUUUUUUUAUUGUAUGAAAAACAGAUCAGUGCUGAAAUACCACACUCCUGUAUCUGCAGCAUAUCAAAUUUCAUCAAAGUUUACAGCUGUUAAGAAAAUAAUUACCUAAAUAAUUCCAUCUGUAUCUGAUGUGAUGACUUAGCACCAGUGUUGCUGGAACUCUUUUGCUGUCUGAUUGCAAAGGUCACAUCUGAGAUAUUUGCCAACAAGAUGUUAAGGCUGUCACAACCUGUGUUUUGUCCUAUCAUGACUAUUACUGAAUAAAGAAGCAAAAAAUGCAA